AUGGUGCUGGUGCUGCUGGUGGCCAUCCCGCUGCUGGUGCACAGCUCCAAGGCGGCCGCGCACUACGAGAUGCUGGGCAGCUGCCGCAUGGUCUGCGACCCCUACCCCGGCCCCGAGCUGCCCCCCGCCUCCCCGCCACCCUUCCUGCCGGGGGCCAAGGGUGAGCCAGGGCGCAAGGGCCGUGCCGGUGUACGGGGCCCCCCCGGGCCACCAGGGCCACGGGGACCGCCGGGCGAGCCGGGCCGGCCAGGGCCACCGGGACCGCCGGGUCCGGGACCCGGGGGGUACAUCCCCUCCUUCUACAGCCCCAAGAUUGCCUUCUACGCCGGGCUGCGGAAGCCCCACGAGGGCUACGAGGUGCUGCGCUUCGACGACGUGGUGACCAAUGUGGGCAACUACUACGAGCCGUCGAGCGGGAAGUUCACCUGCCCCCUGCCCGGCAUCUACUUCUUCACCUACCACGUCCUCAUGCGCGGCGGCGAUGGCACCAGCAUGUGGGCUGACCUCAUGAAGAAUGGGCAGGUGCGGGCCAGCGCCAUCGCGCAGGACGCGGACCAGAACUACGACUACGCCAGCAACAGCGUCAUCCUGCACCUGGACGUGGGCGACGAGGUCUGCGUCAAGCUGGACGGCGGCAAGGUGCACGGCGGCAACACCAACAAGUACAGCACCUUCUCGGGCUUCAUCAUCUACCCGGACUGA